GCUUGCUGGUGGCAUUGGGGACACGGCUGCAUGGAUGACCAACAUUGGCAAUGAGCUCGGCCAGGUUCUGAACAGUGUUUUAACAACAGCUGAAGGUGCGGGACUAAAGGAGCUGUGCCAGGGCGUCGUCAGACGCUACCAGAAUGCUGGCGAGCCAGAGCCGGAGGUCAUCUAUGUUGACCGGGAUUGCUGCAGUCAGUCAGGUGCACCUGCGGUGCUAAAACUUUUUCGGCCAUGGAAGUGUAUCGUAAGGCUAGAUAUCUUCCAUUUUAUGAGAAGAUUCAACUGUGGCCUUACUACAGAGCACCACCCUCUCUAUGGUACCUUUUGUUCUAAACUUUCCUCCUGUAUCUUUGAGUGGGAUCAGGAGGAUGUGAAAGAACUUAAGGCGGCCAAGAGAGGGGAGUGGAAAAACAGACAUGGUGGACAGGCUCCCACUGAGGCACAGCUCAUGGCCAGCAUCAGCCCAGGUGAACUGGCAAAGCACUGUAGGCGGCGGACGCGCGGGGCUGAGGAGAUCCAGGCCAUGAUUUCAGGGCUGCUGGAAUCAGUGUGGGAGCUAACCGACACUACAGGGCUUCGCCUGGUUAACCCUGACAGCAUGCGCCAUGUUUGGGAGAUGCAGCAAAAACACCUCGAGUGCAUCCAGGACCCUCCACAUGUAGACUUGUAUACAAAGACGGGGACACUCCAGAAGGGUGGCAAAGUCCUAAAUGUGCUUAGGUGUGGCAGAGGGUCAUCCUCUCUGGAGAGUUUUCACCGCCACCAGUGUGCCUUCAUUCCUGGAUGGAGAUGCAAUGCCAUGCACACACAAAUGUAUAUGUUAGAGGGGGCCUCGAGGUGGAACAUGAGCCGGGCAAAAGAAGCUGUAUCUGUGGUGGGGGCCUCAACCGUCAGGACAUUUGAUGUCUGCUUAAUGUCUCAUCUUAACAACAUGAGCCAACGGGUCCUUGGUUGUGCUUUGAUGCCAGAAUUCACCCCUCCAGGAAAACCCACUGGUAAAAUAUCUCUCAGGGAAAUGCUGAGCAUUGGAGUAUUCCUCUCUCUCUCCUGUGUUUGUGUGUGUGUGUCCUCUCCCCAUUAACAAUGUGUAAAAAAUUAUUGCAGAGGAGCGUAUUGCAGUGGAGUACUUGUUGGCCCAGUCUAAUAGAGGCGACCAGUUGAUUGGUGACACUGGUGAUCACAGUGACAUGCCUGAAGUCCCCUCAGAGGAGCCCGAAGAUGACAGUGGUUUUGACAGGACUGUGUGCCAUGCAGCUGAUCUUAGGGCUGGUGACUCUGACCCUUCAGUAGCUGCCGUGGAGGCCCAGGUGACCAGUCAGGUGGGUGACACUGGACCCAAAUCCCCUGAUGAGGAGGUCAGUGAGGAAGAGGGGGAUGACACUGCAAGUCCUAGCAGAUCCGGGCAGUGUGAUUCCAGAGGUGUCUUGGGCUGGGAGGCAGUUGAUGCCCUGGCAGCCUACCUGGUUGGCCUAAACCGAACAAUCACUGCCUUGUCAUCACAAGAGGAGGCCAACAUAGUCCAGCUGUACAUGGCUCUGCAUGCCAUGGACAAGGUGCCAUCAAAAUAUAGCCAGAGGGUAAAGAAGAAGACUUUGCCAGGACCAUGGAGAGCAUCCAGGAAGCGGAGUGGCUCUGCUCCAGGACAGCAGGCAGCAGAGAGACUGUUCAUGACUCAUGGGCAGGCGGCUCAGGACCCUGAAGUCCACAGGGUCAGUGAAUGUGUUUGCUUACGGCUUUUUAAAGAGUUUAAGCAAGCACGGAACAGGCCCAAGGACACAAGAGGAAAAACUCUGCCAAUUCCACAAUCAAUUGUGAUGGUAUACAGCCACUUAAAACAGCUGCUGGAGGACAGCAGAGCAGUUCUAGGACAGACUAACCUGGUUCUGGUCCCGAUAAACACCACUACUGUCUCCUCGUGGCUACUAAGAAGACAGAAACGUGUGGACAGAGACAUGCUGCUGCAGGGUACUGCACUGCCUAAACAAUUAUAUUUGGCAAAGGAGCCUCUUCCUGAAGUGCGUGAACUUCCAGCUGCUCCUGCACAGCAUGGGCAUGAGGCCAUGGAAUUCGAGGAGCCAGAAAAUCAGGAGGGAGAGGCCUUCAUUCGCAAACGCAUCUCCAACAGGUGCCCACUGCCCACCCCUCCUCCUGGAUCUUACUCGGCAUUUCCCAUAUACCCACCAGCACCACACUUUGCAUUCUCCCCUUUUGGGUCCUACCCACCCUUUCCCAGCUACCCACCAGGUCUACCAGUGCCUCAGUCUUCCCAGUGUAUGCCCCCUCCCCAGUUCCAGCUGCCUCCACAGCCACCUCCCCAGUUCCAGCCGCCUCCCCAGUUCCCCAGUAACCUGCCACCACAAACUUGUCCCUCCACUCAGCCCAGGCAGCGCACCUGGAGAAGGCAGAAAGCUGCCCAAGAGGAUGAGGAACGAGCAGCUAGAGGGGAACCACCACGGAAACGCCUAGCAAAGGAUAUAUACCACUAUAUCUGCAAACACUGUGGGCUGUCAAAAAACAAGACAACUGGCCACACUCAGCUGAAGGGUCGGUGGUAUUGCCCAGCCUCAGGCCUCUCUGUUGCACAGUGGAAGGAGAAUGUACAGGGAGCUCUUUGA